AUGAACUACGUCUCUCUGACUGUGAGUCCCAGCAGAUCUCAGAUGUUUAAAGGACAGUUUGUCUAUCUGAGCUGUGAGGAGGACGACAGCUCUGCUGGAUGGAAGCUGAGGAGGAACACAACCAAAGAAACCAGGAAGGAGUGUGGAGACGGCUGGGGAAGAUCAGCUGGUUCCUCCUGUGACAUCAGCUACAUUCAGACAUCAGACAGUGGAGUUUACUGGUGUGAGUCCAGAGAGGGAGCAACCAGUAACAGCAUCAACAUCACUGUCACUGGUGGAUCAGUGAUCCUGCAGAGUCCUGUCCUCCCUGUGAUGGAGGGAGAUGAUGUCACUCUGCGCUGUAAAACAAAGACCUCCAACCUCCCAGCUGGUUUCUAUAAAGAUGGCUCCCUCAUCAGGACUGAGCCUGCAGGUCACAUGACCAUCCACCAUGUUUCCAAGUCUGAUGAAGGCCUCUACAAGUGUAACAUCAGCAGUCAUGGAGAGUCUCCAUCCAGCUGGAUCUCUGUCACAGAGAAACCCACCACAUCUCUACCUCCCCUCCCCUCCACCUCUCCUCCUUCAACAUCCUCCUCUCCUCAUCUCUCUGUGCUGUGGUUUGUUCCACCUGUCUGUGGUCUGGUUCUACUGGUUCUACUGGUUUUACUGGUGAGACGAUGUGUUCAGAGGAAACCUGAAGCUGCUGAAUUACAAGUUGGAGAAGAUGACAUCACUGAUGACAUCAAAAAGUCAAACAGACUUGGAGUGAACAGAAGCUAG